CCCAUUAGAAAAGUGUUUAUUUACAAACGGAAUGAUUUUAAUUGCAUUUUCGUUUUGCUGCGUUUGAUAAUAAAUGCUGUUCGUGUAAUGACAAGUGGGCGUGGCUAAGCGGAAGAGGGGGCGUGGCCGAGCGGAUUAAAGCUGAUUCGAGCGUCAGAGUGCGGAGUCGCUCAGGGAGCAGCGGGAGUUCGUGGAGUUUGGACGCCGGGCGACUGUGCUGGAAAUGCGCCCCUCGCUUGAGUGCGGAGGCUGAAGGACAUUUUCGCUCCGUGAACGCACAGACAGGCGCUUUUCUUUCGUCGCGGCGGCGGUAGAAUUAAAGCCCCAACAACACACAGGUCAGCAGAUGGGUCAGGGCCUGUGGAGGGUGGCGAGGAACCAGCAGCUGCAGCAGGAGUACAGCGAGCAGUGUUUCCUCCAGCGCAGCGAGCGUCGGCGCAGGAUGACUGAGCUGCUGAACGAGACGCCGCCGCACUCGCGCCGUGUGCCACAGUGUCACGCCGACAUCGGGCACCUGCUGCGAAUGCGCAAGGCCAAAGAGGAGCAGGGCUUCAUAGACCUGGACAUGCUGCCCCCUGAGCUCAGCAUCACCAUCCUGUCCUACCUGAACGCCACCGACCUGUGCCUGGCCUCCUGCGUGUGGCAAGACCUGGGCAACGACGAGUACCUGUGGCAGGGCUUGUGCAAGUCCACUUGGGGUCACUGUUCCAUCUACAACCGUCUUCUUCCCCCCGGCUUCUCCUACAGAAAACUCUACAUGCAGCUUGAUGAAGGAAGCUUGACGUUCAACGCUAACCCUGAGGAGGGUAUCGCUUACCUCAUGUCCAAAAGCAUUCUCCUGGACCAUCCGAAGGAAAUCGCCAAGUUUAUAUUUUACACCAGAACGCUGAACUGGAAGAUGCUGCGUAUUUAUCUCGACGAACGCCGAGACGUGCUGGACGAGCUGGUCACACUACACAACUUCAGUAACCAGUUCCUCCCCAACGCGCUGAGGGACUUCUUCAGACACAUCCACGCGCCCGAGGAGCGCGGCGAGUACCUGGAGACGCUCAUCACCAAGUUCUCACACCGUUUCUGUGCCUGUAACCCCGCGCUGGUCCGGGACGUCGGCCUCACGCCUGAUGCCGUGUACGUGCUGUGCUACUCGCUCAUCCUGCUCUCCAUCGACCUGAGCAGCCCGCACGUGAAGAACAAGAUGUCGAAACGCGAGUUCAUCCGGAACACGCGCCGCGCCGCGCAAAACAUCAGCGAGGACUUCGUGGGCCACCUGUAUGACAACAUCUAUCUGAUCGGCCAUGUCGCCGCCUAGCAGAUGACUUACACACACACACACACACACACACACACACACCGGCCAAUAAAACCCUCGGCUACGCCACUGAAACGUUUAUGCGAAAUGGACGCUGACCUCUAGAGGUGUUCUUUAGUAUAGCGUUGGGAAAGCCAGACAGCAACACACACAAUCACACACGCGCAAACCACCGGUUGCCUUAGCAACCCGAGGCGAAAAGGGUAGCACCUCAAUCGCAGCUGAAAAACCACGCAGAGCCAUGUAGCUACUCGACGCGAAACUCGUGUUUGCUCGCUUAUAAUAUUCCAGACGUCUGGUCCGUUAAUGAAGCCAUUUCUCUUUUGUUUUUUGUUCGUUCCACGUCUCCGCCUCUUUCCUCUUCGUUUUAUAUCCAUAAAAGAAAAAAGACCCGGAUAGAACCGAAAAGCCUUUGAUAUAUUUUUCGAUGGCAAUGAUGAAGGAAAUCGACCUAAUAAUCACCACACGUGUGAAGAGAUUAUAACGGAGCACACGUAACGAGGCGCGAAACCCCACAUGGAUAUGAAGAUUCAUGUUCAGCCUGGUUCCCCAGAGGGCCCUGGGUUGCUCAUCGGGGGUUUUUUCUCCUACGGCGUAUUCGUAAAUAAGGUGUGAAUACGUGCAGGGCGUCUCAUCGUCCAGGCUGUUGCCCCGCCCCACACCUGUGAUGAUCCCUUUAUCUUAAAUACAAGUGGAAUUCUAACACUGUCGAACCUUUUUUUUUUUUUUUUUUUUUUUCUU